CCAUUUGUGCAUCACAUUUGGGAGGACACACACACGCACACACGCGCAAGCACACACCCUCACGUUCAAAUUUGGACUAUGGCUUCCACCACCUCGGGUGAUGUUCUGCCCACCGGUGCCAGAAUCUUCACCAGCGUUCCUGACCUCUUCUUCAUCCCCGAGUGGGUCAUCGGGGGUUUGGUGUGGAUCCUGGUGGCCUCGACCCGAGUCAUUCUGGAGAAUCCUCUGGGCUGGGUCAUGUUCGUGUCCGUCUUCUGCUUCGUCGGGACAACUCUGUGGCUUCUCAUCUUCGCCUGUGGAGCCAAUCAGAGCAGCUUUUGGCCCGGCCUGGAUGCUGGUUUUCAUUUUGUGGCGGCGGUUUUCUAUCUCAGUGCGUCGGUGGUGUUAGCCUACAUCACCAUUAUAUUGAAGGAUGCUUUAGGACUGAAGAUCUACCGACUUGACAUUUCUGCAGUGGUGAUGUCCUAUGUGGCUACUCUCCUCUACUUCCUCCACGCCAUUUUCUCUGCCAUCCGAUGGAAGAGAGCCUGAAGCACAACCUGAAGCCCUGGCAGGCGUCAAACACAAGAAGAGGCACAGAAUAAUAAUGAAAUUUUUGUUUUUCUAUUCUGUUAAAAUAAAAGGCUAAAAUAAGAAAAAAAAACUAAAGCAAUGGAACCCAUAAUGCACAAUAUAAGUUACUGUUUUGACAUGACAAGCAACUAUUUAGACCAGGUUUGUGCGAGAUAAACCGGAGUGAUUCUGCUGAUGUAAGUACGUAAAAAAAAAGAAAGAAAUGUCAUUAAUUCAGACAGUCUGUGUUGUUUGACAAAUAGGAAAAAAAAAGAUUUUCAAUGUUUUCCUUUCAUCUAACAUUUCAUUGCGUUUGACCUUCACAAAGCAGCUUUUUAAAAGUUGGCUCAGCCAGCAGAGACCUUUAAAACUAAACCAGAUACAAUUUCAUCUAACGCCUUACAUCUAUGACACCGGGGUAAAGUGAAGGUAAAAUCAAGUAAAAUUCUAAUAGAUUACUGCUGAUAAUAAUAAUGAUAAUAACUAUAAUAAUUAUGACAAAAUAAUGUAGAGUCAAAUUGCAGUGGUCAAAACGUCAGUUUUUUUGUUUUUUGUUGUUUUUUCUUAGAAAAAAAACCCCCAAAGUUCAACGUCUGACACAUUUCAUGAUCUAGUCGACUGCGUUUGCUCUUUUUGUCUGUUUUCUUAACAUUUUAAACGAGAAAAUCAUGAAACGAAUAAAUGAAAAUAAAAUUUAAAAAAACAAAGAAAUCAGUUUUUGAUUCACUUUUUUUUUAUUCUGUGUGGUUUCCCUAUUUUUUUUUUAUCCACUGUUACCAUGGAACAAAUGUUGAGAUUUUGAGAUUGUAAAUAAAUGAUGUCACUUUACAGGGCAUGUUGAUAAUCUUUGUCACAAAAUAAAUAGAUUGAAAAUUGGAA